GACAUACGUCCAGAUAGAAAAAACAGAGGAAGAAUUAAGAAACACAACGUAGGAUCUGAAUAAAGGAAUUUCAAACUAAACAUUGGUGCCGUAGUGACCAAGAUUGUGAAAAUUGUGGAAAAUGACGGACGAAGAAGCAUUCCUUGGGUUUAAAGAUUCAUCUGUUAAUUAAACGAUGUUGCCGGCCUGCCAACCACAGCAACCUAUGUCAAGCAAGAUGGCGGACAAGUACAAUGAGCAAGCGCAGCUAGCCCGUAAAAGUAAUGGACAAACGAAAUUAGCCGGCAAGAAAGCGCAGAGAGACGCCAUCUUGCGUUGCAUCGAACGGAUCGACAAUUUUGCAGAACGAGCAAACAGCAUAACGCAGGAGCAAGCAACGACUCGACACAAUCGAUUGGAAAAAUGCUGGAUGGAAUUUGAGGCAAUUGCCAACGAGUUGCGACUCUUGGAUGAUGCAUGCCAUUCUGAUAAAAAUGAGCAGUUAUAUGACGUCAUAGAUGAAAAUUGUAUGCAAAUUGCGGAUCUCAUCAGAUUGAAGAUUAUUAAGCCCCUACCAGUAGAAGCUCCAGCAGUGCGAGUGAAAGAGUCGUUUUUUCAGGAAAAUACGACGAAUGGCUACUAUUGGAACCUUACAACAGCAUGAAAGAAGGUUUCCAACGACCUGUCGACAUUAACGUAAGGAAUUGUUCAGGAGAAAAAGAGAUAGGAAAAAAGGGAGAAAAAGCUAUGUGAAAAACUAUAAAACGGUAUCGAAAGACAGAUUCUGGCAUUAUUGUAAACGAACCGGCGAAAUAAACAGACUAUUUUUUUGGCAACAGCUAAAG